GCUGUUCAACUGCUUUGAAAGGAGAAGUGUGUGUGAAGAUCUCAACCGUUGAUUCGACAUUUAACUGCCCGCACUUAACCAAUCUUGCCGCCACCGCAGACGGGCGCUCGUGUUCGGAAUCUCAUCCAGUCCAUUCGGCCACUCCGCCGGGAGAUCGGCCUCACGGCUAACGCAAAAAAUCUCACCAGUCACCCUAUAGUUCAGCGGCAGCAAAGCUCCCUCCAAUUUCGAGCUCGCCAAUGGCCGCUGGGCCAGUGACCGCGCCCUUCUCAAUGGCGGUCCCCUCUGCGCGCCGUAACCGAGCGCUCGUACCGACAGUCUCCGCGGCCCGCGAGCCGGCGCGCGCGUGGACAGCGGCCGGCGCGGAGGGGAGGGCGCGGAGAGGGAAGGAGGCGGAGGUGGAGGACGAGGAGGAAGCGGAGAGGCGGCGGAAGGAAGAGGUGAACCGGAAGAUCGCGUCCCGGAAGGCGCUGUCAGUCAUCCUCCGGCGCGAGGCCACCAAAGCGGUCCUCGAUAAGCGCAAGCCCGGCAAGGGCACGCGCCGCCUCCUCCCCGGCACCGUCCUCGAGGCCCUGCACGAACGCGUCGCCGCCCUCCGAUGGGACUCCGCCCUCAAGGUGUUCGAGCUAAUGCGGGACCAGGUGUGGUACAGGCCUUACAUCGGCAUCUACAUCAAGCUCAUAACCAUGCUCGGCAAGUGCAAGAAGCCAGAGAAGGCGCACGAGCUCUUCCAGGCGAUGAUCGAUGAGGGUUGCGCGCCCAACCUCGAGUCCUACACAGCCCUCGUCUCCGCGUACAGCAGGAGCGGCCGAUUCCAUGAGGCAUUCAACCUGCUUGAUCGGAUGAAGGACACCCCGGGUUGCCAGCCUGAUGUGAAGACGUACUCGAUUCUCAUCAAGUCAUGCUUACACGCUUAUGAUUUUGAGAAGGUGAAGAGUUUGCUGACUGAUAUGGCACGGGCAGGCAUCCGGCCUAACACUGUCACCUAUAAUACAUUGAUUGAUGCCUAUGGGAAAGCAAGAAGGUUUCCUGAGAUGGAAUCAACUCUUCUGAAGAUGUUGUCACAAAAUUGCAAGCCUGAUAUCUGGACAAUGAAUUCUACUCUCAGAGCUUUUGGCAGUAGUGGUCAGAUUGAGACAAUGGAAAGCUGCUAUGAGAAGUUCCAGGCCUCUGGUAUUGUCCCAAACAUUAAGACCUACAAUAUCUUGCUCGAUUCCUAUGGUAAAGCCAAAAUGUAUGAGAAGAUGGGAGCUGUGAUGGAGUACAUGCAGAAGUACUACUAUUCUUGGACAAUAGUCACUUACAAUGUAGUGAUUGAUGCAUUUGGAAGGGCCGGCGACCUCGAGCAGAUGGAAUAUAUAUUUAGGCUAAUGAAAUCUGAGCGUAUAAAGCCUAAUUGUGUUACACUCUGUUCAGUGGUUAGAGCAUAUGGAAGAGCUGGGGAAGUUAAGAAAAUAAAGACAGUGUUGAGAAUCGUUGAGAAUUCUGACAUAACAUUGGACAUUGUAUUCUUCAACUGCUUGGUGGAUGCAUAUGGGAGGGUGGGGUGCUUGGCAGAGAUGUGGGAUAUUCUUGAUUUGAUGAAGGAGCAUAGAUGCAAACCAGACAAGGUAACAUGUGCUACCAUGAUCAAAUGGUUUCUCAUCAAAGGAAUCGACGAUCAUCGUGUUCAGUACCUACGUGAUCUUAAAGAUGGCCGAGCAACAGAUGAUACAUAGGAGUGAACACAAAAACAACUCAUGGACUGUUGGCUUUUGUAUGCAUUUUUUUAAGGAAUGGAUCUUUCAGGGCCUUGGUUUACAUACAUGCAUGAAUCCCGCAUUCCCACCUGGCCUACAAUAUAAUGAGUCACUGACUUGAAUGCUACUGAAUCAAACAUUACUCAGAGAGUCAGAUAUCAUGAGUCACACUGCUCACUGACUUGAGUGCUGCUGAAUCAAACAUUCUUAUUAUAUUCCCCAUGACUAUGUAUGAGAAGCACAUGGAAAAUUAAUUUUGCAAUUUCAGUAGCACAGAGCUAUAUAGGGACAUCUUUAAGAAAGCUACUAAUAGUUAGGGCAUCUCGUGAAUGAAUAGUUUCUGGAGAAGAUUGAAUCAAGUUUUAAUGAAUGGCGAAUAAUGAACAAUACUGGAAUAUAAAGCUCAUAUUGAGAAAAAGUGGCAGGUUUUAGAAGCAGAGGAGACAAGACAUGCUGGUGAAAUUGAUCAGAUUCUGCUAGUUGUUCUGACUUGAUGUAUCAACGUAGUUGUACAUGACUUUUACUGUUGACUAGUGCAAAGACACUUUAGUGUUUCAUAUGUCAAUUCUAGGAAAUUACAUUAUUGUAGGCGAUUCUUUGGUAUGUCACCUAACAUUUUCUAUCAGUGUCAUCCAAAGAAAGAGAAUAUAACUGACCGGAGUUUUUUCUGAAAGGAGAUCCUCCUUGACCUUAUUAGAACAAUGACUUCAAAGACUUUGUAGUCGAGCUGCUUUCUGGAGCA